CGCCAGUGCCAGUGUGAGGCUGACAGUCGCCGCGAGAGGUUGUGUCGCUCGCCCGCUACACCGUCGCGCGCCGCUCCGGCCCUCGCCGGCGCUCGCCGCCGCACCGGCCCGGUUGUGUUUCGUCGUCGUCGUUCUCGUGUUGUGUUGUUGUUGUUGUUGUUGUUGUUGACGAUUUCGUCGUCGUCUGCCCGAAGCUGAGAUGGGCCAGCCACCGCGCGGGUGUCCGUCCGUUCCGUUGUUGUUCCUUCUGCUGCCGAUGUGCGAGUGACCAAUUUGUGAAUAGUGACGGGGUUGUGCGCUGGUCUGCGUGCGCGAGUGCUUGUGAGUGAGGGGAAGAAGCCUGCCGUCCAGGAAAACGGAAACUGGACAUAAAUCAGAUCCGGAAUCGCUGUCUUGUGUGAUUGGAUACUCGCCACUCUCGUCCGCGCAUGACUGCCAGGUUGGUGCUGCGUGGAUUAUUGACCUGUGCGGUGGAGUGAGCGAGGCGGCGGCCUGCCCCGGAAUACGGGGGGUGCUGGCUGGGGGGCGGAUGAUACAUCACCAGCGGGAUGCGGCCCCGGCGGCCCGCGGCUGCUAGGAGGGCCCCCCUCGGGCCACGCCGCGCCGGUCACGUGAUGUGUGACUCGUAGUCCAAAGCCAUGGACGGGCUGCUCGCUUGCGCCUGCCUCGUGCUGCUGUUCCUGUGUUCGGGUCGGAGCCAAGAGACCUACUACCCCCACGCGCCGUCGGACGCCGUGGUCCACCUGGAGGCGCAGCAGCAGCAGCGCCAUGGAGAGCACGAGCAGCUGCAGGUGGCCGCGGCGGCGGCGGUGGUCGCCUCGUCGGAGCAGCAGCAGCAGCAGCAGCUGGACGAGGAGCCGCCCUACUCGUUUCGGGGGCCGUACUUUGACACGUCGGUCUCCAACAACGUCACUGCGCUCGUCGGCAAGACGGCCUACCUCAAGUGUCGCGUCAAGAACCUUGCCAACAGAACGGUUUCGUGGGUCCGGCACCACGACAUUCACCUGCUGACGGUGGGCCGCUACACGUACACGUCCGACCAGCGGUUCGUCGCGAGCCACUCGCCGCAGACCGAGGACUGGACGCUGCAGGUGCGCUACCCGCAGCUCAGGGACUCGGGCAUCUAUGAGUGCCAGGUGUCCACCACGCCGCCCAUCGGCCACUCCAUGUACCUCUCCGUAGUAGAACCCAACACGACCAUCGUGGGCGGCCCCGACAUGUUCAUCAACAAGGGCAGCACCAUGAACCUGACGUGCAUCGUCCACCACAGUCCGGAGCCUCCGCCCGCCAUCUACUGGACCCACAACGAGGAGGAGAUCAACUACGACUCUCCUCGGGGAGGGGUCUCGGUCAUCACGGAGAAGGGCGACGUGACCACGUCCUACCUCCUGAUCCAGCGCGCCAAGGAGCCCGACUCUGGGAAGUACACGUGCAACCCCUCCAACGCCAACCCGGAGACCGUCGUGGUCCACGUGCUCAACGGCGAACACCCGGCCGCCAUGCAGCAUGGCGGUCAGCUCCGCCUGGAGUACCCCUUCUUCGUGGUGCUCUUCAGCUUCCUGGUCGCGGUGCUGGCUCUGUAAAGGGCGACCCGUGCUCUUCAGAGGGAAGAGCCACAGCGGCGCGCACCCGCAUCCUCUUCUCGCUGCAUCCUUCACUUCUCCUCUUUCUCCGUGUCCCACUUCUGCGGCGUCUCUCCGCCGCGGUGCCCUCGUUGCGCAUGUGCCGGUGAUGUUGGGCUUCCAGUGCGCGUACGAACGCUAGACUGCACCCACCGACUGUCCCGUCGGCCGGAGGGAGGGCGGCAACCGUGGUUCAUAUCGCCCGAGAAGAAAGCGUAUGUCCUGUGCGCUGCUGGCCGGGUCGAUGCGUUUGAGAGUGAAUAUUGUGGUGUGAAUCACAAAGUGCUUUUGGUGACAAGGUGUGACGGCAGCUGUAGGGCCAGUGGUGGGAAGCGCCGGAGCUGCUCGGGGAAGGCCGGGAGGGCCCACUGCACCCCCCCCCCCCCCGCAAUUUCUGCGCCCCGGUACGGUGGUCGUCCAGAGAGACUUUGCCAGCCUAUUUUCUUGUACAGAACCUUGUAAAUAUACAGAGAGAAUUAAUACUUAUAACUUUAUUACACUUAAAAAUACGUAAUUAUUAAGCAAACGUGAUGGAGGAGGGGCAGGUGUUAUAAGUUAAGGGACGGUGUGUGAAUGUAUGUCUGUAGAUUUAAGUUUUGAAUGUAUGUAUGCAUGUGUGGAUGUCUGAGUGCAUUUCUUUGAGUGCAGUUUGAACUUGCCAAACCGAAUCGUGUGGGUAAACUCUGCACUGACUUUAAAAGCAAGUUUAAUUUCCUGUCUCAUUCAAAAAUUGCCUUUUGCAGUAACUUUGGUCACAAAACAAGGUUGUAUUUUCUCAUCAAAGGUGAUUGUUCAGUUGUUUGUCUUGACAACUAUAAGGCAAUGUGGCUUAUCUGUAUCCUCCAGUAAAUAAAUUUUAAACACAGAAUACACAUGUCUGUAUGGCCAUCCAUCAUAAGCCUGAGCAGUUCAAUUUGUGUAGGUACGCCACUUCUUAUCUUUGUUUCAAGCAAUCUAUAGGAAAACGUUUCUGUCUCUGUGUCAUCUGUGACUCUUUUGAAGUCAAUGUUUUUGCACAAGUGUGGUCUCUGGUGUUUGAUAGAAAACAUAAUGUCAUUUUCGACUGCAUGAUAAAAACACUUUCCUAGGGAUAGAAAUAUUGUGGAGCCAUAACCACAAUGAACUGCAUAAGAUCACAACUUCAACAAAUACAAUUAAUUAGAAAAUAUUGAUCAUUCUAAUAAUGAUUACUACAAAGUGUGCUCAUGCCUACUAAUAAGUAAAUUCUAUUUACAUUGUACUUCAAUAAUGUUUUGUUUUGGUUUAAAACUUAUUAUCUUAUUGGAUUGUGCAGAUUCUUUCAUAACAUAUGAUUUUACUACAUGGUUUCUCAGAUGAGAAUUUGUGAAAGAAGUUCAGUGAAUGUCAUUUAUAAACACUUUCCUUUUUAUUCCAUAGAAACAAAGUUUGUUUGUGUUUUCUUUUUUUUGUGUCCUUGAAAAUUAUUAUAAUUUUUUAUGAUUUAAGAUUUUAUUUGAAAAGGUGCUAGGAAAAAGCUUUACAACUAUAAAUACAGUUUGAUGAGAAAA